AUGGAGAAAAGUAAAAAUCGUCGUUUAAACAAGUUGAGGAAGAAGAUUAGUGAGCUCUUCCUACUAGGUGGUCUUUCGGAGGAGGAAAUGCAGGCUAUUGAAGAAGCUGAAUUAGCCACGAGCUCACGUGAAACCUUUACAGAAGUUCGUGAACUGGUGCAAUACACAGUUAUCGGUCCGCUUGUAGGCAAACCCAAGUGGGCUCAUUUUAGGCCGUGGAAAAGCACAUCGCAAACGGUUGUCAUUCGAGCGGAUGUCCCCAAUGAAUAUUUAGCAAACAAUGGGUUUUCGUUCUCAUUUAUUGAGAACUUCUUCGAAAAACAAUGGAUUCGUAUGGAUUCGGCAGUGAAAGAUCGUGAGAGUUUUUGGGACCACUUAAUGAAAGUUCCUGUUGGCAUUCAAGAACAAAUUCGUGAGCGAGUAUUGAGGAUAGAUCCUUUGGAAGGCCUGGGAAAGUGCGCAGGCUUGAAAACUGAAUUGCUUAUCACAACACCUGAAAUGGUUGAAAAUGGCUAUCCGUUCCCAGAUGAUUCAAUCAUCGCCACAAAAGACAAGUAUGCAACUGUAACAAGAGAUUCGCCGGUGUUCGCUCUGGAUUGUGAAAUGUGCGUAACUUCGGCCGGUCAUCAUGAGCUAACGCGGAUAUCCAUAGUUCGAGAAGAUGGCACUGUUGUACUGGAUACACUGGUGAAACCGUAUAACGAAAUAACGGAUUACUUGACAAAAUUCUCUGGUAUCACACCAGAACUAAUGGAAUGUGCUACCACAUCGUUAGAAGACGUCCAAGCUGCUAUUCGUUCAAUUCUACCUCCGGAUGGCAUUUUGUGCGGCCACUCGCUGGAGUUUGAUCUUCAUUCACUGCAAAUGGCACAUCCGUAUUGUAUCGAUAUCGGCCUUAUAUACAAUCUUUCUGGUACUGCGAGGAAUAAAACAAGCUUGAAGAAUCUGAUGGCAGUGUUCUUUGAUGAAGAAAUCCAGGUUAUAUGGGGUUCAGUGGUUGCUAUUAGGAUGCCUCACGUAUGUGGUUGUGGACACGUAAUCGGCGUCGAAUGUACCGUUGAAUAUUGCCAGUGCCAGAAGUUCCCGCCAUCUGAGUGUGUAAAAUGUUUGGUAAACAACGGGAAAGCGUCUUUUGAAGGAAAUUUCGAUUGGAGUGGCGCACUACGCGGAGAAUAUUGCAGUUCAUAUCGUCCACUUUCCUACUAUCUUGUGGAUUCAAAGAAAACCGUAAUGUGUGGAUUCUCAAGUGCUACUCAGUAUAACAUCGAAAAGAACAAAGUUUUUACACUCCGCCGACCUGGAUCGUUUUCCUCCACAUCAGCGUUUGUUGACGAAGUGAGCUGUGAUCUGCUUGAAUACGGCUUAGCGCUUAUUGAGAUCGAUUAUUUGAAGAGGCAGGACGAAAUUGUACGUGCGGCAGCCCGUUUCAGUCUUAUUAUUGUGGUGUUGUCAAGUGAAAAGUCCUCUAUUUGCUAUCUCAAGGUGAAACACUGA